AUGGGAGGUCUGUUCAGCAAGGGGGCUAGUUCUAAUACUGAUGUCCCAACACCGAUUAAAAUGGGUGCGCAUUCUCUUUACGCGGCUGAUUUAACCUCUUAUGAAGCUGCUUGUGUUGAUGAUCCAAACUUGCAAUCCUUCGAUGCUACCAUUCAAGAGCGCACCAAUAGGGUGAUCAACUCUCUUGCUCAAGGGAUUGAGGUUCGUUCGAUCUCACUUGAGUCACUAGGUGAAGUUACCAGAAGUCUUCUUGACAUGAAUCAGGAUGUGGUCAAAGUCAUUCUCGAGUGCAAACAAGAUAUAUGGAACAAGAAAGACCGCGACUUGUUGUCCUUGGUGGAGGAUUUUUUCGAUAGUAGUCUCCAGACAUUGGAGUUCUGUAAUGCUCUUGAGAAAUGCUUGAAACAGGCACGUGAAAAACUUGUUGCGGUUAACUCUGCUAUAACCUGUUUUGACGAAGAGGUUCAAAAUGGGGUUGAAGGGUCGACUUAUUUGAAGACAUUGAAAGGUCUUAAGGAUUUCAAGGAAACCGAAGACCCUUUUACGGAAGAGUUUUAUUCUUUGUUUCAGAAAGUUUAUACUCAACAAUCAUCAAUGCUGAAGAAAUUAUUGAUUACAAAGCAAAAGCUUGAUAAGAAACUGAAAUCUUUCAAGACACUGAAGAGGGUUUCAAGUGUUAUCUUUGUAGCUGCUUUUGUUGCUGUGUUGAUUUUCUCUGUAGUGGCAGCGGCAAUCGCCGCACCACCUGUUGUAACGGCUUUGGCCGGGGCAUUAUCUGUUACAAUCGGCUCCGUUGGAAAAUGGUGCAACUCGCUCUUUAAAAAAUACGAGACAGCUUUAAAAGGCCAACGAGAAGUAAUCAGUUCAAUGCAGUUUGGUACUUCUAUUGCAUUGGUAGAUAUGAACAACAUUCGGGUACGUAUCAAUCAACUGGAAAUAAACAUUGAAUCCAUGAUGCAAACUGCUGAUUUUGCUCUUGGAAACGAGGAUGCUGUAAAGCUUGCGAUCGAUGAGAUUAAGAAGAAAAUAGAAACUUUUGCGGAGAUUAUCGAGAGUUUGAGUGUGCAGGCCGAUCAAUCUAGUCAAUGGACUAGGAAAGCAAGGACAGUGGUUAUACAAAAUAUAAUUAAAUACUCUAGUUAA